UUUACUCUGGAUAUCUUUAAAGGAAAUCUCUUUGCUAGCUUAAAAGUUGCAGUGGGCCUGAGGAGGCUGAAGUCAGAGCGAGAAGAUGGAUCAACAGGGCUUAAUUCCUGAAACCAGCAGACCUUUUGUUUUUGCUCUCUGCUGAGCUCUCAGCAGACAACCAAGAGUGAGCUCCUUUGCACAGAGUACUGCACUGACCGGCACCAGGGCUGGCACGGGGAAUUCCAGAGCAGGCUCUCCUCUGUGUUACCAACUGACGUAUGAAGCUGUCAGCAUGACGCUUUGAAAAUGUGAAGUAGCAACUCCAUUACAAACGCUAAUUGUCUUGGAACGUCGCCUCUGAGCACAGCAAAUGUCGCUUCCCUCAAGGAACUGGGACAGCUGCAGUAACUUCUCAGCAAAUAAGCAGCCGGUGGUGUACGGUGGAGUAAUUUUUAGACUCUUCUCAGGAUUUACACUUGGCGACCUCCUCUAGAGCUCGUAUUUGUGGUGAACUCCAAAAGUGAAGCAGUUUGAGGCUGAUUAAGUCUGAACUCGUGAGGCACAGAUUUUCACGUGGGUAUUCUGUGAAGUGAGACUGCGAAAGGCAACAGCAGAACAGAUUCGCCUUGCUCAGAUGAUCUACGAUAAGAACGAUGCAGAUUUUGAAGAUAAAGUGAAACAACUUAUGGAAGUGACGGGGAAAAACCAGGAUGAGUGCAUAGUGGCACUACAUGAUUGUAAUGGGGACGUGAACAGAGCAAUCAACAUACUGCUGGAAGGAAUUUCAGACACGACUUCUUGGGAGACUGUAGGGGGAAAGAAGAAAAGCCUUGGAAAGGAAAGUUCAGAAAACAAAGAGAACAGAGAAAAACGAGGGGACAGAGAAGCGAGUCAUGGACGGGGAAGUUCCAACAGACGGGGAAGAGGAGGCAGCCGUGGCCGAGAGUUUAGAGCCGAAGAGAAUGGAGUGGACAACAAUCAAGGAGACAGGCCUUCAGACCGUGGGAAACGUGGCCGUGGGAGAGGGUUUGGACGUGGCAGAGGGAGCGGAGCGGGGAGGUUUUCAGCCCAAGGCAUGGGGUCUGGUGCUCUGAAAGGAUAUGAUACUGGUUUCUCAUCAGUCAGCCACCUGCUGAGAAACUAUCAUCUGAGAGUGGCUUAUCAUUGUGCAUAUAAACUAAUGCUUUAUAAGUUGGGGAGGAGUAGGACAUUUAACCCUGCAGACUAUACAGAGUCUUCUGCCACUGAUGGCUUUGGGACAAAAUCAGAGACUUGGGAGACUGGUCAGAAUGAUGCAGAUGAUGGAACUGAGCCAACACAGAGCAGAUGUUACCUUGCUCAGGACCUGCCAAAUAAUUUUGGAUUCCAAGGAGCGUGGAAAAACUCAAUAGAAGAAUGGACAGCAGAAGACUGGAAUGAAGAUCUUUCUGAAACAAAAGUCUUCACCGCUUCUUCUGUUCCAGCUGAGAAUCAUGUGACUCCUGGGCAAAGCAUUGAUUUGGUAACACUGCUUCAAAAACCCGUGACUUCCACCCAAGAGACAGAAGGCAACUCAUUUGAGGCUCCCCAGCAGCAGACCUUUGGCCAAGCCCUAGUCUUCACAAAUUCUCAACACAACACCCAGAUGGCAUCAGGAACUGGCAGCUCCAGUGCUGUAAACUCUUAUUCUCCUCAAAGUCUGUCUGCAGUUCUUUGUUCUGGCUUUGGAGAACUUGGAUCCUCUAAAUUGGCAAACUCUACUGGAUCCCAAAUCUUGGACCAAUUGAAAUCUCCAGAUUUGGGUCAGUUUACCUCUCAACAAAACAAUAGUCGCUCUACCACCACUACCACAACUACCACAUCAUCCUGGGAUCUAAAACCGCCUGUUACUCAGUCCUCAGUCCUUAGUCAGUUUGACUUUAAAUCCCAGCCUGAACCAUCCCCAGUUCUGAGCCAGCUGACCCAGCGACAGCAACAACAAACACAGGCAGUCCCUGUUCCUCCUCCUGGGCUGGAGUCCUUCUCCCAGAUAAAACUCCAUGAGCCAUCACCAGUAGACACCUCUACAGCUGUUAGCAAAAUGUUACAGCUUCCCACUAUAUCUAUGGAUAACCAGGCAGUGACUGCCCAUCAAACCCAGCAGAAACAGAUAAAACCACCAAAACGGAGGAUAACUCCAGCAUCUAAGAUUCCUGCCUCUGCAGUUGAGAUGCCUGGAUCAGCAGAUGUGACAGGGUUAAAUGUUCAGUUUGGAGCUCUGGAGUUUGGAUCAGAGCCUGCACUCCCAGAGUUUGGAUCAACUUCAAGCAGUGAGAAUACCAGCCAGGCGACCAACAAUAGCUUGUACUCAAAGUCUGGAAAGUACGUUGAUCCUUUGAAUACCUCUUUGCCAAUAUCCAGUACAGUACAGGAGUCCACCUACACAACCUCUGCCAUCACCUCUUCCAGUCUGACCUGCUCAUCCCAGAGCACUAGCCCAGUAACAACUUCCUCCUAUGACCAGACUUCUGUGCAUAGUAGGAUAACGUACCAAAGCUCCAUGGCUCCAUCUGAAUCAACCCCUGUUGCAGUUACGAACGGGCACAGCGGUGUUAGAACACAGGCAACUCUUGACACUACUUCAUCAGUUCCAGCGCCCAAGGCAGAGCCUUCUCCCUCACUACCUUCUGCUGGUUCUCUGCCUAGCGUGGUAUCCACCACUGCUUCACUUCUGCCUUCAGCAUCGCAGCACACAGCAACGUUGCCCAGCUUGCCUCAGUCCAGUGAUUUGGCCAGCAGCUCACUUUCCCAGUUAAGCAGCUCCCUUUCCAAUCAUCAGAGCAGCCUCUCCCCUGCCUCAGUGUUGUCUUCAAGCACAUCACAUGCACACACUAGUGUUGAGAACACAACUUCACUCCAGCCCUCAACAACCUUUUCAACUGUUUCAAGCUCAGCUACUAGCACCACCUCUUCAGUUGUCAGCAUGGCAAGCAGUAUGAACACUACAAACAGCCUUGGCCUGGGCGUUACCAGUGUGUCUAUACCAGCUGCUACCACACGGGCGGCUCCCUUAGUGUCUUCAGGCAAAGCUCCCCCAAACCUGCCCCAAGGUGUACCGCCCUUGUUGCAUAACCAGUAUAUUGUGGGACCUGGAGGACUUCUGCCUGCCUACCCAAUUUAUGGUUAUGAAGAUCUCCAGAUGCUUCAAUCCAGGCUGCCAAUGGUAAGUAAAUGGCUUGGUUUAUUUAAUUUUAAACAAGUUAUCCUCAGUGUUGAUCAUUUGUGCAACACAAAUUAGUUCAUUUGAUGGUGAUUGAGAGCUUAUCCUUACGUUCUAUAUUGUGUUUUAAAUACCCAUAGUUUCUCCAGGUGGUGUAAAUUGAUAUAGAGCAACUGUUGCAUCAUGCAUUCAUCCAUCUGCAAAUUCUGUAAAUAGAAGCAA